AUGGAUCCUGGCUGGCAACCGCAACAGGAUCCCCUGAUGGGACGCCCAGCAGCGCUCAAUGCUGGCGUAGCGGCCCAUUCGCAGCGACUACCCUCGAAGUACGGUCAGCCACCACAGUCACAAGCCCCCGUCGGAUACACGUACGAGACCUUUCAAACUCCCGGCAAGGCUCCCCCAGGCCCCAACUCGAAGUCCAUGGCCUCGUCCCCCACCGCCACGCCACGUACUCGGGAUUAUGUCACCGAUGCCGACACUGCCAUGGAGGACGCUGAUCCGUACAACCGCGCCAAGUAUUCCUCGAGACAGACCCAGCACAGCCGGGCUUCCUCUCAAUUCCUCUCCCAGGCCGAGGAGUCUUCCGCCGCUCGCAGAUACUCGCCCAUGAACGUUCUGUCUCCGCCGAUGUCAUACCCUACAAGUCCUGGGAAGCCCCAGGGCUACGGUUACUCGCCUUCGGGCCAGUCGCGACGGUCGCCUGCUCGAAACGAGUAUGCGUCACCACCCCAGGGAUACCAGUCCCCUCCCUCUUCCAACCGCACACCUCGACUCCCGCCGCUCCAAGCGACCGACCUCAGUCCCGAUCAAUACUACCCCCCCUCCGCAUCAUCGCACCUGGGUCCAGCUUUCGGCUCUGGAACCCGAUCCCCCAGGUCGGGUUCACUGCCAUCGCAAGUCCCUGGGCGAGGUCCCGUGCCCAGAUUUCAGAAGAUCCAGUCCGUGCAGGAGCUUCAGCCCCGCGUGCACGCUCAGCCCGCAUAUCGCCGUGCCAACCCGGAGGGCGGCUUCAUCAGCCCCCUGCAAGCUCUGACGAGCCACCUGCCAUCGACCUAUCGCAUUUGCAACCCCAACUUCAACUAUGAAUCAUCAAGGAACCCCCGACGCGUGUUGACGAAACCCAGCAAAGGCACCAAGAACGACGGCUAUGACAAUGAGGACAGUGAUUAUAUCCUCUAUGUCAAUGACAUUCUUGGAAGUGAGGAGGCAGGCCACAAGAAUCGUUACCUCAUUUUGGAUGUUCUUGGACAAGGUACCUUUGGUCAGGUGGUGAAAUGCCAGAACUUGAAGACGCAAGAGGUCGUGGCGGUCAAAGUGAUCAAGAACAAAACUGCGUACUUUAAUCAAAGUAUGAUGGAAGUCUCUGUUCUAGACCUGCUGAAUAGCAAGUACGACAAGAACGAUGACCAUCAUCUUCUCCGCCUCAAGGACACCUUCAUCCAUCGCCAACAUUUAUGUCUUGCAUUUGAGCUGCUCAGUGUCAACCUGUAUGAACUUAUCAAGCAGAACCAAUUCCGAGGAUUGAGCACAACCCUUGUUCGUGUCUUUGCGCAACAAUUGUUGAAUGCCCUCAGCUUGUUGAAUAAGGCCCACUUGAUCCAUUGCGAUCUGAAGCCUGAGAACAUCUUACUCAAAAAGUCGGUCAUGAUUCCUACAAACCCCGGGGUCUUGAAAGCCCGAUCAUCAAGGUUAUUGAUUUCGGUUCUGCCUGCGAUGAGCGCCAAACGGUUUACACCUAUAUCCAAUCACGGUUCUAUCGUUCCCCCCGAAGUGCUUCUUGGGCUGCCGUACUCUUCCGCUAUCGAUAUGUGGUCUCUUGGCUGCAUCGUCGUCGAACUUUUCCUCGGUCUCCCGCUCUUCCCUGGAUCGUCGGAGUACAACCAAGUCUGUCGAAUCGUUGAGAUGCUGGGCCUGCCCCCAACAUGGAUGUUAGAAAUGGGCAAGCAAUCUGGCGAGUUCUUUGAGAAGACCCAGGAUGAAUAUGGGCGCAAGACAUAUCGCCUGAAGAGUUUGGAGCAAUACUCCCGGGAGCACAAUACCAAGGAGCAACCGAGCAAGAAGUACUUUUCUGCUUCGACUUUGGAGGAAAUCAUCCGAAGCUACCCAAUGCCGAGGAAGAAUAUGAAGCAAGCAGAAAUUGAACGAGAACUGAACAACCGUGUCGCAUUUAUUGACUUUGUGCGCGGCCUACUGUCAAUCAACCCCCUGGAGCGCUGGUCGCCUCAGCAGGCGAAGUUGCAUCCGUUCAUCACCCAGCAAAAGUUCACUGGUCCCUUCAUGCCGCCGAUGAACUUGAAGUACUCGUCUCUCAACAAGACCGUUGCUCCCGGUGUACAGCAACAGCAGCAGGCCGAGCAAGCCAGCAAGCAAAGAGCUGCCCAGGCUGCCCAGGCACAGAAUGCAUACUCCAUGCAGCAGAUGAAUCAAUAUCACCAACCUCCUCAUGGCCAGGCGCCCCCUAUGUACAACGGAAUGUACCAGCAGGGCGCGCCACCUCCUUACCCUACCCAGCCCCCGGGAUACAACCACCAGAUGGGCAUGAUUCCCGGCCAAAUGCCACCACAGCAGUCCCAGCAAUACGGCCCUAGCCAAAGCCUAUACGCUCAAGCUACUACAAGAGCUGGUCGUCAACGAGCUUCGACCAUGGAUCACCAGGGUGGCGGCAUCCCGCCUACCAUCCAACGUGUGGCAAGCCACUUAGACCCGAACGCCCCCAUCCGCCUGCAGCCUAGCCCGGCCUAUUAUCCCCCUCCACCAGAUGGGUACGUCGACGCCAAUGCUCAACGACGCCGUGGAAGCCGUGCUAGUGGGAAUGGAAGCCAGCGGAAUCGAGAUUUCAUUCGCACACUCGAAGACGGAGCUCUUGGUGAAACUUACAUGGGCCAGGGCCAGGGCCAAUGGCAUUAG